GGUGCCCGGCCGGCCGGAGCGGCGGCGGCGGCGCGGGACAGCAUGAGGGAGCCGCCCGUGUGGGUCCUGCCACCACGACGGUCCGAGUGGCUGAGCUUGGAUGAGGCCAGUGCAUUAUGUACAGUGUACAAGACCUCCUGAUCUCUCAUGGAUACAAACUGUCCAGAAAUGUCCCAGCGCCGAAGGAGAACUAUGAGGGGCGCCAGCAAGCACGAGCAAGAGCACGAACUGGCCCUGCGCUGCUGAAUGGCUGUGAGGAUCGCCCCAAAGCCUCACCACAGAGUAAGAAAGCCCUGGGGAAAGGACAUGUGAGUGAUACUGAAAAAAACCGCCGCAUUCUGAGAGUCCACGGAGAGCCCCAGAGCGCAUCUGCUUCUAGAACUUCUGAGGCAGGGUUUUAUAAUCAACCUGUGUUAGUGUGGACUUCUCAGCCCCAGAGCGGUCAAGACCAAGUCUACUGGAGAAAAAGAGGACCAGAUGUCCACGGUGUGCUGGGUCCUCGGGAGCUUGAAGACCUGGAGAUCAGAAGAAUGGCUCAAGCCCACAGUCUGCCUGUGCACAUGCGGGAGGGUCCAUGGGAAGUUGGAGGAAGGAUAGAGAAUGUGAUGAAGAAGGCCGUUUGGGAAGAAGAGCUGAGAAUGGCGGGUCCUGCCAAGUGGAGGGAUGUAAGUCUCGAAAGCUGGAACCAGCCAAGGAAAUUAGGAAGGCAGAUGUCAGAUGGCGAUGGGGAGAAAUUGUUUCAAGAUCUGUACCCGUUCAUGCAAGGAGAACAUGUGCUAAGUUCCCAAAGCAAAGGGAAAUCCCAGUCGUUGCCUAGAGUUCUUAUCCCCGAGAGCAUGAGCUGCGUGGAAAUUCCCAUUCCAUUAAAUGAUGGACAUUUACCAGGUGUUCCUAAAAUGCCGUUUUACCCUCCAAAUUGUGCACCACAUUUGGAGUCCACAAGGAACCCAGAGAAGGAUGGCUCCUCCGGCCCUUUCCCUCGGCCUAAGUUUGGGCGACCCCUCAAGCCUCCUCCUUAUGACGCGCACCAGCACUCCAGGGGGCCGGUGGAGAACAGUGACUCUCUGGAUGGUCAGCAGACAGACCUGUGUGCUUCUUACGUGACCAAAACCAGCGACCCCCGGCAGGAGCUCUUCGUGUCUGACUAUGGUUUGGAGCCUCCCAUGUACGUGCCUCCACCGUCGUACAGGUCACCGCCCCAGCACAUCGCAAACCCCUACUUGGAGGAGGCCACCCCCAGGCUGGUGUGUGGUGGGCUCGGGCAACAGCAGCACCCGCUGGCAAAGGCCAGUGUCAGUGGUCAGCUUCCGGCUGUCUCCCUCAGAACUGGGAAUGAAUAUGGUGCAGCCCCACGCUCUCCUCGUGGGGUCCCUCCACAGCCCCGACCCCCAACUACGUAUGACGGCUCUGUUCUGUAUAUUCCCUUCGAUGACCCACGGAUACGACACAUCAAACUAGCUCAGCCCCAGGGUUUCGGUGAGGAAACAAAGCUGGAUGAUAAUCUGUACAACUCUGGUCCUGUCACUCCCUCAGAGCCAGCUCCCGGGAGCCUGCACCCCUGUGGUGCUGUUUUGAACCCACAGAGUCGGGUAGGCCCAUCAGGCAACAAGAGAGGCCCCACUUUCUCAGACCCCAGCUCCCAGUGGCUAUGGAGCCAGCUCCCCAGGGAGGGAGAAAAUGGUGGCUUUCCUGACCAAAGAGAUUCCUUUGGCCUCACGAGAGGACAGUGGCCUGAUGUGAGAGGCAGCCAGCAUGGACAGGUGGGGGGCCAUGCCACCUCCCCACACCCACAGGAGGCGAGUACCUGCGAAACUCGAACCAAGCUCAAAAAGUUUGAAACUGGGCUUCAGACCAAGAAAAGUUCAAAGAAAAAAACGAACGAGACAAUAUUUUGUUUGGUUUCCGUCCCAGUUAAAUCAGAAUCCCAUCUGCCAGAGAUAGAUACGAACAACAAUGACUUGAAGCAGAGUGCUGAUAAAAAGAAUGGGCUUGAUAAGAGCAGCGCUCUGCAGGAACACAGUCUGUUGAGCAUGUCUUCCACCGACCUGGAGCUGCAAGCCCUCACAGGAAGCAUGGGUGGGGGAACAGAGUUCCAAAAACAAGGUCUGGGGGAACAAGAAGAAGACAAACAAACAAAUGACCUCAGUUCCAUUCACCCGACGAAACACAGAGAACUCAAGUAUUCUGGCUCCUGGCCAGAGCACCAGUACAGAGACCAGGAAACACAAACCAGUUUCACCGAAGGAUCCAAAACUUCACAGCCCCUUCCUGGUACAAAGCUGGGAGGCUCUCCUAAUACAGUGCUGACUGCAAAAUUUUUAGACCCUGCUGCCUCCGAAGCUCAGAUGAUGCACAUGGCAUUGGCUGCCAGUGACCCAAAACAGAGGCCCAAUAUUCAUCACCUGAAAGGCCAAAUGUCCCUCAACCUGUCCAGCAACAGCGCUUUCUCGAGGACUCCCUCAUCCAUAAAUCAGGCAUCUGUGUCUAAAGCCGGCCAGAGUCAACCCUGCGUGGAUGGCCGUGGACCCAGAGCCAGCCCUGUGCCCAAGGAUGAGGUGGUGAAGGGGGAACCCACAGGCCCUUGCAACAGUAAACAGCUAUUUGGUCAGUUUCUCUUGAAACCAGUUAGCCGUCGUCCCUGGGAUCUCAUAAGUCAGUUAGAAAGUUUUAACAAGGAACUUCAGGAAGAGGAAGAAAGUGGUGAUAGCAGCAGUGGCAGCAGCGAUGAGGACAGUGAAACAGAAGGGCUGCAAGAAGGCCAUGUUCAUCCCAUCCCCAAGAAUUUGGGCUUCAUUGAAAACAGCCAGGAUACAAGAGUUGAGGAACUGCCAAGGAUGCUGGUGCUAGAGGAACCUGGGAGUAGGUCAGGAAGAAUUAAGAGUAAAUCUGAGAGCUGGAGUGAGGAGCAGAAGCCUGGCCACCCACGGGCCUGUCAUCAGUCCCCGGGCCGCUGGCAGAUGGAAAGCAGCAGAGGUGAAUCAAUGCUGUCAGCAGUCGGAAACUUGAUUACAGAAAAGGAAAAGGAGAUCGAGAAGAGAAUAAACCAACUAGCAGUCAGCCCAGGUCCUGUGAAAAGAAUGACCUCUUCUAGAUUAAGUGACACCAGACCAGUUCCCCCAUUCGAUCCCUCUGAACUGAGGGAAUCGCAGGAGAGGCAGAAAGCUCCCAGAAUGUUAAAUUCUGCAGAGCUGAGCAAAGCCAUCCCUCUGGAAGCUGAUAGUGGGGAGGCGAGGGCCGCAAUGGCGGUGGUCCCCCUCUCUCUGGCUGACAAACCCCGCGGACUUUCAGCACCAGAUUUGAGGUCUGUGGGACUGACCCCAGCAGAAGAACAGAGUGCCAGUAGGUUAGACGGGCCUCUCAAUGGGGCGAGUGCACUGGAAAUCCCACCAAACGAAUCCCUUCAAGCAAGGGCUGCGAGGAUCCUGGGCAUCGAGGUGGCCGUGGAGUCCCUGAUGCCUGGCACCAGGAAGGUGGGACAGAAUAUGUAUUCUGAACCUGAAGAAAGUGCUGGCAGGCUGGAGUCUCCCAGGGAGGAGUUAGUGUCCACUCCAGUCCAGUUGGAUGAUCCCAUGGUGUCCACUGAUGCCUUUUAUGGAAGAAGAAAGUGUGGCUGGACUGAAAGCCCUCUCUUUGUUGGGGAAAGGGACAGUGCGAGACGGGCUCCCCAGGUAUCUAAGCACCCAGAUGUGGAUGGGGCCGUCCCCAGUAAGGUGCCGGACCUCGAGUCUCAGCCCCAACUCCAAGAGCCUCAGUCCUUUAAUCACGAAGAUGCAGGAACAAGACCACCGUUCAGGUCUACUUUGUUCCAUUUUAUAGAGAGGACCCCAAGCAUGACAGGCUCAGAAAAGAGGCUCAGGGGCACUUCCAAAGUGAUUGAAAGUUUACAAGAGAAACUGGCAUCCCCCCCCAGGAGAGCGGCCCCUGACCGUUUGAUGAGGAUGAAAGAGAUUAAUUCUGUGUCCCGGAUGAGGCUCCUGAGCUCCUGGAGCGCGGACUCCACAGAGGAGCCGGAGGAAAUGAAGGCUGAGAGGAGUCCUGGGGCACAGCCCGCAGGCCUGGUGUCUCUGAGUCCUGGGGGCCUCACAUGGAAGGUGGGGCACUCGCCCCCUCUCUCCAAGGGCACCCUCUCACUGGAAGAAAAUGGACAUCUAGGAGCACAGAGGGAGAAGAAGAAUGCUGAGCAGGAUUUCUGGUGCCCAGAUUCCUAUGACCCUAGCAGAGUGGAGAGGGUGUGAUGAGAUGCUGGAAAAGCGUGGACCACUUCACUGGCUUACGGAGUAUGUCGGAGUCUGUCAGCCCGGCCUACCUGUGCGUGAGGCAGAAAGUGCUGGCUCUUAGUGUACUCUUCCACCCUUUGCCACUGCCACCAGGAAUCUCGUUAUCCCUUGAGUCCCUUUGUGGAAAUAAAGCAGUAGUCUCUGGUCACCAUCUGGUUUUAUAGCACGAGGAACAACCCUGUAUGUAGAAGAGUCAUACUGACUGUCCCAAAGGAUGGGGUUAAGCCAGCUGGUAAAUAGUUUGUGUCAGCCUGGUUCUAUGAGAAACUUAAACAUGGACAAUGCAGUGAAUGAUUUUGAAAGGACUGCAAAUAUCAUCAAUUCCCUUUGCAUCUCCAUGGCCUGCGCUCCGUGCUGGUGUUAAGGAGUUGAGGAUGUAAGCUACUGCCUGGUGUUUCAGCACUUUUGAGUUUAGGGGAAAUGUGAAUGAAUAUGUAUGAUCCAGUUCAAAUCAAUUUGACCUUCUGCUGCCAGAAGUAAAUUUACCUAUAAGUAAUCUUCCAUCAGAGAAUAAAAGCAAUGUCUUUUUCCUAAAAGCUGAAAACUUGUACUAUAAUACCUGAGAAUUUUAUUUAUCUGGCAAUGAAAUACUUUGUUUGCAAACAUGCCAUUGUCUGCUUUGCACUCAGUAUUACCUAUUUUGAUUUUCUGUAUGGAUGUUUAGAAAGUCUUUAUAUGAGAAAUAAUUGCUGGUUAAAAUAGACCAUUUUAACAAAGUAUAUUUCUUUUUACAAAAAUAGUAUUUUUCUAUGAUGUAAACAAUUGUUAGGUGGCAAAUUUUUAAGGAAGUAUUAUUUUAUUUAAGAGUGUAUCCCCUUUGUGUGAGGAAUCUGAAGAGGGUUCACAUUUGCUUUAUAUAUAUAUCCCUUUACUGAUUCACAACUCUCCUACUUUUAUCUUCAAGUACGAUGUCAAUAUAGUCAUACUACAGGGUUAAUAAAGUUUUUUUUACAAAUAUAACUGUAAGGUUAUAUUUGAAAAUAACCCUCUGAAAGCCAGAUAACAUCCAUACGACAAUUUUUGCUGCCAAUACCACUAGAAUUACCAAAAAACCAUAGUUUCCUCUCUAUGUCUAUGGGGAUCUGCCCUUUCUUCCCCAUUAAAAGAAAUAUGUAUUUUUAUCUAGAGUGAUCCUUAAUUAGUCUCUGCAUAUUUUUAAAAUGCUAGAGACAUUAUGUAUAUGCCAUUUACAAAAGAAUUAUGAGGCCUAUAUAUUCUGUGUUUACUAUUGCAUCGACCUGCACAAAGUUUAUGUGUUUUUAAUGCAUUUGUCCCACUUUCUAAGUAAGGUAGUCUUGUUAGCUUACAUUUCCUGAAUAGUUUCUUGUCUCUUUCCUUUUCUUUUCUUUUCUUUCUCUCUCUCUCUCUCUCUCUCUCUCUCUCUCAAACUCUCUCCCACACACACUCUUUUGAGAAACCAGCUUAUCUAUUUUUAGGCGCUUCAAAUUCCUAAAAUGUGACCUAUUGGGUGGUCCACAAUUUGGCCCUACACCAACUCUGGGCUCUCAUGGCCUGUUUUUAUCUGUACCAUAUGAUUUUAUUUCAUAAGAACGUCAUGUAUUUGGACUGUAAUAAACAAAACAAAAUCCAAGUAAUUCUGAAAAACCUUUUCAAAUGUACUUAUCUGAAGUCUUGAUUCUCACCUAUUACUCAUAGUCACUUCUUUCUAAAUUUUGGCUCUUGUGAAAAGUUACAGUAGACUCUAGUUUUCACAACACAAUGAGAUGAGCCAAGUCUCUGCUAGGAAUGGCUGAAACUGUUUUUCCCAGCAAAGAUUUAGUGGGGAAGAGGUCAAUUAUUCUGUUAUAGUUAGUGAAUCACUUAAGUCAUCUGGCAGAACUAAAUGAAGGGGCUACCUGGAGGUCUUUAUGAGGUAUGCUUUUGUCUUUAAAUGCAAAUCAUAUAUACCUAUAUAUUAACUCUGUUUUGACUUCUUAAAUUUUGUUGAUACCAUCUAAAGGUUUUAUUAAUCAGAAUUAAUUUUAGCUUGUUCCUCAAGAGCGAGGGAUUCUAAAGAGAAAAAGUUGUACCUUAUGUAUAUUACCAAAAAAAUCCCAAAAUACUGUGUUGUUCUGUUUUGUUUUAUUCUAAACCAUUGUAUUAUAUCUUUCUGAAAUUAUUCUGAAUUUAGCAGAAAUUAUCAAUAUUUAUAUGUUUGAACUUCAUUUUUGGAUUAAAGCCUGUAUAUAAGUCUUUGAGGGGGAAACAAUAACAUAUUCUAAGGUAAAUAAUACAGUCUCUAAUCAAAAAUAGCUUUCCCAGAUUUAAAUUUAAUGCUGAUUAUUUCAGUAUUUCUAUUUCUUAUCCACAACUCUCAUUAUUUGUGACAGGAAAAAAGUUUUCACAUUUUGCAUUUGUCAUCACUUUUGUCAAUAUGACUAUUGGUGCUUAGUAAUUUGGGGCUUAUUAAAUUAAAAAUUCUAACUUUUACCAUUUGUACUAAAAUUUAUAUGAAGAAUUACAUAUGAAAUAUAUUUAUAUUUCUUGAUUUACAAAAGAAGGGGAAAAUGAUAGUAAUGCACUCUACCUUUCUUUAGAGAAAAUUUCUGGAUGAUUGAAAAUUAUCUGUAUUGUCAUUUUCAACCUUGUUUCUGCAAAUUCCCAGAGUUUGUAUUAACUCCCUAACAAUGCAGUAGCCCUGAUUGCAUUUUCAGAAUUCUUUCCCAUGUUGUUAAAACUAUUUGGAUUUCUUUUUUAAGUUCCUUAAAAAUAUAUCUAAUCUCUGAGAUCCUGGUUUCCUUACUAGAAGUGUAGGUGGAGGUUUUGAUUCAGAUGAAAAUUCUGAGUAGAACUUUUUCUCUGCCAUUUGAUCCUUGGCCAAGGGUAGUUGUUAAUGGAAGUUCAUGUGUUUAAACUAAAAUGAUCUGAAACUAGUCCAUGACUGCUUUUUGCAGCAGCAAAAUGGCUUUCUCUGUAGCAGUAUGGUUUAGGACUGCUGACGACAAAUGACGAAGUGGCAACUCUGCUCCCCAGCACUGAGCAGAAGGGAAGAUGGAAAAUAAGAUUCACCCAUUUCAUCUAUGACCCCCAAAGAUUAUGUUUGUGUGCUUUGGCUAUUUUUUGUUGUUGUUUAAAAUGAUUAAAUGAUACACAAUUCAGUGUCAGGUUAGUAUCUCUUGGAAAGUGAACAGUGCAGCAGAAUUCUCUCUAUAUAAAUGUUUGAGCUUAAAAGAAACACUUCUGAUUUUCUUAAUUCUAGUCAGCAGUGACUUUAGCGUUUUUCUGCCAGAUGCAUCCGUGAGGGAAAAUGAGGCUUAGGGGAUGGAGUGAGGGGUGUGCGUGUGUUUCUUAAACUGAAGCUUUUGUAGGUCUGGGGAACUUUUGCAUUUUCUCUUUGUUUUGUUUUUAACAGCAGAUUCUGUACAUCUGCUUGUGGGAGGAGAAUUGUUGCUCAGGACAGGAUUUAAGGGACGCAUUCCAAGUGACCUUUAGGAGUCUGCUUGGUGGGAGGUCCUUCUCCGGGGCUGUGGGUUGGUCCAGGCUGGGGCCCACCAAGCUAAGAAGGGAGAUCAUAAAGUAACAUUAAAAAAAAAAAAAUGCAGGUUUUUUUAAUGCAGGUCCCGAGCCUGCAUGUUUGUUACCAAAAAAAAAAAAAAAAAAAAAGAAAAAGAAAAAAGCAGUUAAGAAUAUAACUCAGAUUGAAGCCUCUAAAGAAGGUCAAUAUGUUGUAGCAAACUGCCCGUUGAAACUGUCCUUGGGUUUGUCAGCAGUGUGGGGAGAUGGGCAGAGCGCCUGCAGAUUCCUGAUUGCUGAGAGCUGCUGUCACAGUUGUGUUUACCACCGAGGACAGGGAGGGCCUUGUUCUGUGGCCUCUGCUCAGUGACUGAAACUUGAAUUCAAAGGCAAGCCCCGAUUGUCAGGCCUUCCAACCCAACGCCUUGAUUGGGCGUGAGGAGGAAGUGCUCUCCGUUAGAUUAUCUCGUUUCCCGAGUUGAGGCCGGGCUGCUGGGCCUUGCGGCUAAGCCAGGGGAGAAGCACCUCUUCCUCCUACCUCCAUUUCACCUCAUAGCAGGACCAAAAUGUGUGGUGUCCAAUGUCACAGGCAAGAGGGAGACAGAAAUUAGAAAUGAAAACCUUAUGUCUUGGCCAGGGAGGAAAGCAGUAGCCAAUAUUAAAAAAUCACUGAGAACUCUCCACCUGGGUCAGCUGAAAUUCAAGGUCUCAUACUCUGACCCAUGAGGAAAGCUAAGCAGAAGCUUCUCAAAAAACAAAACAAAACACCACAUCUAAAUUUGGUGAAGACAAGGCUGUGUAAACCCACAGGAACUUUAUAGCUGCUCAUCUUUUCUUGGGGCAAAACUAAUAUAUAAAGCAGGUAGAGAGGAUGUCAGGAAAAGACACAUUGGUAGUGGCCAAUCACCAGCUGGGGUCAGAGCCCCUGGCCUUGAUGGCAAGCGGGUAAGGGCAGGUGAAGAAUAGUAACAGCGAAGCACCCAUAUGUUCAAGGAACUCUGAACUCUGUAUUUCUCUGCACAAUGUAAAGACUUUUGGGGGAUGGCUGACCUGUUUGGUGACACAUGUUCCAAAUAAAAGAUUUUGCAUGAAAGUACUUAUGUUCUUGUCUUUGGCUGUGGGUACAAGA